CCAUUGGCACAGAAAAACCUACAUUUGUUUUUGUAAUAUUAUAAACAGACUACUUGCCACUUGGGUUGUCAACUUGUUAUUAUAUAUAGCAACUGCGGAUUGAAGUAACGAAGAGAUAAACCAAGUGAUGCAAGUAACCACAACUUUGGCACCAAGUAUUCAAGUCCAAGUAACUAACUUUGCUAAAAUGGAACUCGAAACAUUGAUUUCAUUGUUACUUUUCUCUUCUACACUCCUUUGGUUCUUAUUCUUAGCCACAAAAACACAAUCCAAAUUCCCCAAAAUACCCUCCUCUUCCACCACCACCACCAUUCCCAAAUCUUAUCCCGUCGUUGGUUCCAUCUUUUCUAUUUCAGCCAACUUCCACCGGCGCGUCCACUGGAUCUCCGAAAUCCUCCACACCGUCCCGUCCUCCACCUUCAUCCUCCACCGCGCCUUCAGCUCCCGCCAAGUCUUCACUGCAAACCCCGCCGUCGUUCAACAUAUUCUCAAAACCAACUUCCCUUGCUACCACAAAGGUCACACGCUUCACCGUUCCGUCGGUGAUUUCCUCGGCAACGGUAUCUUCAACGCCGACGGUGAAACCUGGAAGUUCCAACGACAAAUCUCCAGUCAUGAAUUCAGCAGUAAAUCACUCCGCAAGUUCGUUGAAACCGUCGUGGACGUUGAACUCACCGAUCGUCUCCUUCCUAUUCUCUCCGAAGCUUCUAGAAACAAAACGAUCCUCUCUGAUUUUCAAGACAUUCUCCAACGGUUUACCUUCGAUAACAUCUGCAGAAUCGCGUUUGGAUUUGAUCCAGAGUAUCUUCUUCCUUCUCUCCCCGAAACAGCGUUUGCAAAAGCCUUCGACGAUGGCACGCGAAUCAGCAGCGUUAGAUUCAACGCGGCGGUUCCGUUGAUAUGGAAAGUGAAGAAAAUCUUAAACAUCGGAACGGAGCGACGGUUGAAAGAAGCAGUUGCAGAAGUAAGAGGACUAGCGAGUAGAAUCGUUAGAGAAAAGAAAAAAGAGCUUAAAGAAAAAGCAGUUUUAGAGUCAGUGGAUCUUUUAUCUCGUUUUUUAAGUUGUGGUCAUUCAGAUGAAGCUUUUGUUGUUGAUAUUGUAAUAAGCUUUAUUCUUGCUGGAAGGGAUACAACUUCAGCUGCACUCACGUGGUUCUUUUGGUUACUCUCAAAGCAUAGUCACGUGGAGAAUGAGAUUCUCAAAGAGGUUAUGGGAAAAUCGGAAACGGUUGGUUAUGAUGAGGUGAAGAAUAUGGUUUACACUCACGCGGCCUUAUGCGAGAGUAUGAGAUUGUAUCCUCCUGUUCCGGUGGAUACUAAGGAAGCAGCUUACGACGACGUUUUGCCAAAUGGGACUUUUGUGAAGAAAGGGUGGAGAGUAGCCUAUCAUGUGUAUGCUAUGGGACGGUCAGAGAAAAUAUGGGGGCCUGAUUGGGCUGAGUUUCGACCCGAGAGGUGGUUGAGUCAGGAAGAGGCCGGAAAGUGGAUAUUUGUUGGAGUGGAUCCUUACAGUUAUCCGGUUUUUCAGGCUGGUCCAAGGGUGUGUCUAGGAAAAGAAAUGGCAUUCUUGCAAAUGAAGAGAGUGGUUGCAGGGAUUAUGAAGCAAUUUAGGGUGAUUCCGAAUAUGGAUGAAGGUUUUGAGCCUGAGUUUACCGCGCACCUUACCUCGUUAAUGAAAGGUGGUUUUCCUGUAAAGAUUGAGGAGCGUAGCCGCACAGUUCAAUAAAAAUAAGAUGCAAUCACUUUUUCGCCUCAUUCAGGCACUCAUAUUAUUCUCGAUCGCCCGUUCAAUCUUAAUUCAACAAUAGAUUUAUUUUUAUUUUAUAUAUAUUUCUAAAAAUACGAACUUAAACCUACCACCAACAUAAACUACAUGACUGCUGGGAUUUUUGGACUGUUGCAUAUCUACAUCUACAAAGAAAAGUAACCGUUGUACAAAUAUUUUCUAUGUAUGUAAACCACAUUCAUCA